CACGUCAGAUGUCGUUGGUAAAAACUUAUUUGAAAAUGCUGUCUAACCGUAAAAUGAGAUUCGUGUCGUGAGAGUCGAAAAAUUAUGUUUGGAUGUGGGUGAAUGUUUUUCUGUUAUUGUUGUACAUUUCAAAUCAUUGUUUUAAAAGGCUAAUGUUUCGUGCCCAUUUUAACGGGCGAAACUCACUCGGCGAGUUGGCUCUCCUUAUUUUGAAUAAAGCGAAAUCGUUCUGAAUUUAUUAAUAUACUUAAGCUGACGUCACGAUCGAACCGUCAUGUGUGAUUUGAUUGAUUUAAACAGCCCAGACCCUCGUAAUUCGGUUAGCUCAAGACUCCCAUCUCCUCUGAUACCCGGACCAACGAUUGUCGCCGACAAUAACGACAAUAAAAAACUGAACAUCGUCGAGUUUGUUCGUCAUGGAAAACGUUCGAGCCUUGAGAACAAUCCGUUCGACAAAGUGUACAAAGAGACCGCAGAUUACAUGGCCAAAAAGGAUGACCCAUUCGAAGUUAUCUUGCAAAAGGCGCUGCAAUCGAACAAUCAGAGCAACCAAAAGUUGGCAAAAAGGAGUAAGCAUCGAGAGGAUUUCUCGCCAAAGCGCAGAAGACAUUCCGAUGUGUUAAAGGUAAACAGAACCCUGGAUGAACCUUUGAUGGGUGAAAUCCUAAACAAACAUCUUAAUCAUGUUCAAAAAUUGUCCUGGAAUUUAAGUGCGAAUCAGAGCAUUAUUAGUGAUUUAAACAACACGAAUUUGCUGGAGGAUAAUUGCUCAGAUUCUUCGAUGCCGAAAUCACCUUUCAAAAACGUUAACAGCUCCGCCACUCCAAUCGUCACUUUGAUGCCGCCAUCCCCAGAGAAUUCCUCCCUACUGAAUCAGUCCGCAAUGAAUGACAGUCUCUCCGAAGUCAAAGAAAAUUUAGUAGAGAACAACGCAAAGGGAAUCCUUGAUGUCAAAGAUUCUGGCUUCUCUGACCAUUGCCAAAAUCCUACAGAUCUCGAAAACUUGUUAGUCAAGUCUUCUAUGCACAGAAGAUCUUUGUCACAGGGUAACAAGCCUCUGCUCAUGUCUCCUGACAAAGAGGAAACCACAUUUCGGCCUAGGUCCAAAUCUACAGCUGAUACCAACAGGACCAGAAAUAUCCCGAGUAAUCCUCCGAUUUUAUCGGUAUCAAAUGCAUCCUCCCGUUAUACCGACUUCAUGAAUAAUGGAUUCAUUGAUAUUGGUAGCAAUACCGUUUCAGACUUGCUUGAUAUUUCGAAAAUUUCUGGUACCCCCAGACCGAGUUACUACUCUUAUGGUUCUCUGUCUUCCAUGAACUCCGACGGCACCAACAACAAGGCUUUUAUGUUGGACAGUGAGUCGUCAAAAGUGCUCAAGAGCAUUUCCUCAGCUAAAUCUAGUCUCAAUUUGUCAAAUGUCUCAAGAACGACUAGACCUGGAGAUUACUUGAUGAAAACUCCGUUGAAAACUUCUGUUCGAAUGUCAGACUUGGCUCUCAGACUUGAAAAAGUGAAACUACAAUCAGUCACUAACAUCGGAGAGUUGCCUCUGUACAGCCCGAAUCACAAGGUCAAGAAUUUCCUACAGCUUGAUGAAGUUUGUUCUGAUAAUACCAAAAUGGAAAACUGCCAGGAGAAUGAUGUACAAAAAGAAUCUAAAUUGAUAGAUAUUGAUUGUGAUAGCUACAAUGCGACCUCUGUGUCGAAUCAUUCUUUAGAUUCUGUUUUUAUUGAGAAUAACAACAAAGUCGAUCCGAUAGUGUUGCAGGAUGCAAAAUUACUUUCUCGAACCUUCGCCGAAGCGGCAGAACAAUUCAGUUCCUGCUCAUUCAACAGCUCUGACGAUUUACUGUCAACCUCACAAUGGAACUUUGAUUUCCUGCCUGCUUCAGAUGAUGAAAUUGUAGUUGAUAAUUUAAUUGAACUGCCUGUAUCUCCUGCAAGAGGUGAAACUAGCGCAAACUCAGAUCAAAACGGAAACCCGACAGAGAUUGCAAGCAGCAAACCAUCUGACUCAGUAAUUUGUCAAGGAUUCAAAGAUUUAGAAAGUGAAUUUAUUGACCAAGACCAUACCAUGAAUAAAGUAAUGGCUGCGACAUUACUUUUGGAUCUUGAAAAGAUAGUUCAUCGAGAAAAUAAUCCUGAGGCAAUAACAUUACUUGAAAAUUUAGAGAAAGUCUUGGGUAUUAACUGUGAAAGCAAUGCUCAGUUGUUGGCCACCUGCAUGCAGGGAACCAAUAACUUAAGCAAGAGUCCGAAGAGAUGUUUGUCAAAAUUGAGUUCCAUUGAAAAUAUAAGACAUGAAAAUUUGGAAAAGAGUCAUGAGGAUAACGAUCUUGCUGGAAUGUCGAAUAGUAUGAAAGUUCUUAAAAUACAAAAUGAUGUAAGUUUGGAGAUGAACUUAAAUGAUAAAAAGGAAAUAAACAAAAUUGAAAAGUCUGUAAUACCCGAUUUUUCACCAUCUACUGAGGAAAACACGGCAAACUUGUCUGAAAAGUCUAAUAGUUCUAAUAUAGUGGAAAAUGAGCAGAAAGAAGUGCAGGUUGAUCAAGCAGAAGCGUUGGAGCUGAUUACAAAUCUUAGUAAAAUAUUGGGUGGACGCAACAACGAGUCUUCUCCACUUUCACUUCUCACAAAUUUACGGAAAGUUUUGAACUUAGCCACAAAUCAAUUGAAUUUUGAGAAUUGCCAAACGACGAAAUCCAAAAAUCGAGACACACCAAAGGAGGCUAAUACUGAGGCUCUGUCGCAAAAAACAACAGCAGCUGGGCCAGAACAUAAUACUCAGCGAUCUGAAACCAAAACUAAUGAGAUCAAACCAGAGCGUAAAAAAAGUAUAGACUCAACAAUGAAGACUCAAUGCACUCCUCCGGUUUUACACAAACGCAGCAUGUCGCUGAGCGGCCCUAAACGUAAUAGUACGCCAACAGCAGUUCUGUCAAAAGCAAAAGAGAAAAAGGAUUCUGACAGUACUAAGAGGGCAUCAUCUUGCAGUGCACUUCCCAAAUCAGGUACGAUAGAAAAAUCUUCAUCCAUUGGACAAGAAUUAGGCAAAGGUAGAGCAUCUGUGAUCGGAGUUACUGGCAUAUAUAAACUGAAAAAGAAAUCCAUCGUAGAAAGUGCUAGCAAAAAAGGUCCCUUGAAAGCCUUAAUUCCAGUAGGAAAUAUGCAGAGGCGAGGGUCAUUGGGUUCAAAGGGACAUAUAUCAAUACCAAGAACCCCUCCUAAAUCAAGUUCCAAUGUACCCCCUACUUUCACUUUCGGGACCAGCAGCACUCCGAAUCCCAUUAUUCCAAUAAGCAUUGCUAAAAAAUCGCCAAGGAAUAAACCUGUAGCGUCCUCCACACCAGAUGGUGGAGGAUCCAGGAGUGGCAAAAUGAAAUUGCAGGUUUCGAAGAACAUGGCAAAACCAAGAUUCUCCUGCAACAUCUCCCCUGUCUCACCAUUGCCAACUCACGGUAUCAGCAGCGGUUCCAAGGGUUCGCCCAAAAACUACAGACACAACAAAACUCUGUCUCCCCCAAAAAAACGAAAUUCUCAAGGGGCUCAGGGGCACAAUGCAACUCUGUCUAGCAUUCCGAAAUAUUCACCGUUGGCCAGAUUUUCGAAGGAUAGUUUUAAGGAGGCACUUAAAACCUUCGAUAUUUCUGGCUCUCCAACGAAAUCGUUGGUAAAGUCAAAUACUCCAAAAAAGGCACCAUUUGUCCAUAGCAAGAGUGAAAGUCAAAUACUCAAGAGUCCUUUGAAAACUAUGAACAAUCAGACUACUAAAUUUAAACCAUUUAAUCUGGUAUCUAAGAUUUGCCGGGGUAACAGUGGCAGCAAGUUAGUAGAUAAAGAGAACUGUGGGUAAUUAAAAUGUUUCCUUCUACAAAAAUGUUUCCUUCUAUAAAAAUGUUUUUUAUAUACAAAUAUUUUUUAUUUUUUGAUAGUAUAUAAUACAGUCCAGUAGUGCAGCUCCGUUGUAGUUACAAUUGUCUAAAAAUAUCGAAUUGCAAAGAUCACCAUAUCCUGAGAGUCCAUUAACAGUAUUGCGGUUGUCAAUGAGAAUGUAUAUGUGAAAUAUUCAACCAUGUAAGAAUAUGAUUUUAAAUUAUUUUUAUACCGAAAGUCAGAAUUUAUCCUCAUUCUUA